AUGCCAAUACCCACCGAAUACAUUGCCAUGGAGCUACGUACGAAUCCCACGAGCAGAAGCGAAGACACCGAAACUCUUGCUCCCGUUUCGAGCGAUUCAAGCUUAGAGCUCCAGAUUACUCGCCCAGAAUUGCCUCUGCUACGCUUUUGGCUAUUUAGUAUUGGGCUCCUUGUGGGGUUACUUCUAUCAUUCCUCGAUACGUCAAUCGUCGCCACGAGCAUCUUUGCGAUAGCGACUGAGUUUGGUGAUUUGGAAUCUAUAAACUGGGUCGCCUUGGCCUAUUCUUUGGUGUAUCUCGGAUGUGCUUCUUUGUUAGCUCGGGUUUCUGAUAUAAUUGGCCGUCGAAAUGCCUUCAUCGCAUCCUAUCUCAUAUUCGUUGCAUUUUCGAUUGCGUGCGGGUUCGCCCAAAAUCUGGUUCAGCUGAUAGCAUGUCGAGCUUUGCAAGGACUUGGUGGUUCGGGGUUGUAUUCCAUCACGAUGAUAAUCCUCCCCGAAGUUGCACCGGAGAGGAUAAAACGCUUUAUUGGAGGUCUAGUCGGAAUCGUGAUUACCAUGUCAAGUGUUUUAGGACCGGUCCUGGGCGGCGUAUUGACCGAGUAUACAACGUGGCGAUGGGUAUUCUGGAUCAAUGGGCCUAUUGGCGCAGUGUCGAUUCUCUUGUUCUACUUCACAUGGCCGACACCUCAGUAUUUACCUAAUUCGGGAAGAAGAUCUUGGAGGGAACUGGACUAUAUUGGCUCGAUGCUUCUAAUUGCAGCUGCCGUAUUAGUUGUCUUCCCGUUUCAGAAUACUGCCAUGAUGGGAGAUCAGUGGUCGAAGCCCGUGUUCAUCGCUCCGCUUAUUAUCGGAGUAAUCUCAUGGCUAGGACUGUUCGCAUGGUCCGUCUUCAUUGAUCGGCAGUUGGGCGAUGUUAUAGACGCAGCGCUCCCUAUGCGUUUGCUGCGUGACCGUGUGUACGCAGCAGCGGUGCUUAAUACCUUAUUCAUGGGAUUUCCUUAUAUGCUUGUUAUAUAUGCAUUUCCAAUUAGGUUGCAGGUAGUGAACGACAAGAGUGCCCUUCUUGCUGGCGUUAUGCUGCUUCCGAUGCUGGGAUCAAGCGCUGUGGGCUCUCUUGUCGCAGGGGCACUUAACGGAAAGAAAGACAGAAUAUUUGAGACAUUAUUCGUUGCUACAUCUCUAGUAGUUCUGGGUUGCGGACUUCUAUCAACUCUUUCAAACUCACCUGACCUUGAACAGAAAGCAUUGGGAUUUCUGGUUUUUGUUGGCUUGGGCUUUGGAAUGGUUGUAUCAACAGCAACAAUGGUGGCGACCUUUCACUCAUCAGUCAGAGACCAUGCCCCUGCACAAGGUUUGAUGGCCCAAGUUCGAGUUUUGGGAGGUAGUAUAGGCAUUGCAGCCUCAUCGGCCAUCUUGGGUGUUAAGCUUCAAGAGCAGAGCGGCCCUGGCCAACCUAGCGAGGUUCCGUUGCUUGAAAGUGGCAGCAAGUCUCAACAGCAGGCUCAGCUAGAGGCUACUAUACUAGCGUACGCGGGUGCGUUCAAGGAAGACAUGCGGGUAUGCACAAUUAUUGGAGCUGUUGCCAUCCUCCUGACUUUUGGUACGUUCAGUCGAAAUAGGUUGACAGUAGCAGAACGCAGAGCACAACAGGUAAGAGAAAGGUUCGGGAGAAAGAAAGCCCCGUCGUCCCAAGCCUUUGCUUACCCCGAGUCUCUUGCCGACCAACACUGA